AUGAGGCCCACAGAGAUUCGUCGAGGCGAUAUGCCCGGACCCAAGGGUGUUUGGUGGGGUGACAAGGGCGUCCUGAAGCAGAAGGGCAUCGUCACCUACUCCAUGUCGCCCUUCAAGCAGCGCGCGACCCAUCACCUCAUUCGGAACUACAUUCUGAACGGCUACCGCCGUCUCUCUGGCCAGUUCGUCUACUGGUCGAUUCCUUUCGCCAUCGGAUACGGCACCUACGCCUGGGCGAAGAGCUACGACGCGUGGCAAAACAGCAAGGCCGCGCACGCGCACGGCCACGGCGAGCACUAA